CAGGAAGUCAUGUAUUCUUCAUUUCCGCGUCGCAGAACCGAAUGUAUUUUGCCUCCACUCCAGACGUGAAAACAACAUUUUGAAUGUGUGCUGUUAUCAAGGAAGCAUUUGUGGCCAGUCAGGGUUACGUUUGUAAAGUCCAGACGGCAGUAAAGAAGUUCAUAGGAAUAAAUUAUUAUCUGGAGCUCUUUUUCCUUCCCGCGACUUCUUUGGAAAGCGGCUUGUAGAACGAUGAAUUACUCCGACUACGACUCUGAUGGAUAUUCGUCGAAUGAAGAUGCAGACUACGUACCAUCAGAUGAGAAUCUCAGUGAGGAUGACAUUAAUGAGUGUGAAAAAGAAGACCCUCUUCCUGAGGAUGGCAGCAAUGCGCCACAUCCCCAUAAUGUCAACAAGAAGCAAAAGAAGAGCAGCGACAUCAGAAUAAGAAAGAGGAAGAAAAGAGUACUGAAAGUAGACGUGAAAGAGGAGGAUGGAGCUGAAGAGGCAGAGCCGCCACAGGAAGAGGUGGGAAAUCCCACUGAUGAAGAGCAUGAUGAUGAAGCAAGACAGAAGAAAAAAUCAGAUGACCUGUGGGCGAGUUUUCUAUCUGACGUUGGGUCCAGACCCAAACACUCUACAACUUCCUCAAAGUCAAGUACCAGACAGGAGGUCGAAUCUUCUGUGUUGAAGGCUGCUCCUUUGAGUACUGAAACAAAAGCAUCAGAAUCUGCUAAAGUCACCAUCACUAAAGUUUUUGACUUUGCUGGAGAAGAAGUCAGGGUGAAUAAAGAGGUAUCAGCAGACUCCAGAGAAGCAAAGAGUUAUCUGAAGGCCCAGAAUGCUAAAACGGAGGAGAAUGGAGACAACGAAAAGACCUCAUCAGCAAGCCAAGCCACUCUUCCUGGUCCCAGUGCUAAGCGUCCAGCAGGCAUGUCAAGCAUCCUGGGUCGCAUUGGAGGAAAGAAACAGAAAAUGAGCACGCUGGAAAAGUCAAAAAUGGACUGGGAUGCUUUUAAAUCAGAAGAGGGCAUCACAGAGGAGCUGGCCAUUCACAACAGAGGCAGAGAGGGGUAUGUGGAGCGGAAGAACUUCUUAGAGCGCGUCGACCACCGGCAGUUUGAGUUAGAAAAAGCAGUGCGACUGAGCAACAUGAAACAAUGACACUGACUGAGAACAAACGCACAGAAUUGAACCAGUUUUUUUCUCUUCUCAAAUGACACAGUUACUACUCCUUAAGUAAAGUGAGCUCAAACUGGUGCUGUGCUUUAAGCUAUUUCUGGAUGGGUAUAUUAAUAGAUAGAGUUUGUGUAAUUAGGGGUGCUGAGUGUUCAUCCUUGUGAGAACCAACUACGUUUCAGAUCUCCAUGCUGAGGACAUUUCUGGAAUGUGAGCUCACUGCUUUCUCAAGGGGGUGAUUUUGGGCCAGGACUUAAAUUAUGGGUUAAAAAGAAAUUCUGGUUUAUUACAACUUGUCUUAUUUUUGUAAUUUUGAACAUAAUGUCUGUCUGUAAUUAUGCCUCUCUCACCACAUUCAUAAUUGAGAUUUGGGAGCAUGGUGGCAUCCCUAAAAUCAAAGCUGACAGGUUAAGAGACUUAGACAGUCAGACAGUCUAUUACCACAAUAAAAACUCAAAAUAAGGCUCAGGUUUUAAGUUAGGGUAAAGGCUGACAUUUGAUAGUACAGUGGGCAGUGUGACUGCAAUGGAAAUACUUGUUGAUACCGCUCACAUUUUCCUUUGAAAGUUAACUUUUUGUCUCCCCCUGGCAGUAACAGCUGUACCUGGAUACCUUACUUGCAUGAGAAAAAACACUGAAUGAUGUUGGUAUAGAAGCAAAUGGAAUAUGUCAGCUCACAACUACAUUUUGUAGUUAAAGGGUCACCUCAAAUCCCGCCUCUUCUUACAAUCUUAACCUGUGUCCAAAAGCUAAAAAUCAUCUUUGUCUACAAAGGGGAAAAAGUAGAGCCUUGCAAUAGUUGCACUGCAUCCAGUCACAAUGAGGGCAGAAUCAAGAUAAGAACACUUGUUCUUCUCAUGCUGUUACACAAGGACAGAUCAUAUGUUAAUAUGACAGCAUCUUUAAUUAGCUGAUAGAAAUGACUCUCGGUUGGAGGCGUCUCAUAAACACAGGAAAUAAUGUGUAUGAAAUGUAGGGUUCGUACUUCCUUGGGUUGAUAGAGUUUGGUUACAUUUUGUUUCAGGAUUCAGUCAUCACUGAUUAUGUCUUUGAAUUGGGAAAAAUAUGACUAAUGUACAAUAUUUUGAACAUUUUCAUACUUUUGAAGCCAUUGUGAGAAACUGAAACACCCUCCUGACAGCUGAAAUUCAAACGUGUAUUCAUACAUUCAGAUGAGAAGCUUUUUGUAGACACUGUACAGAUGUUGAUCAACACCACCACAGAAAUGUAAUCAAUCCAAGUGCGUUUUCUACUUCAUAUGUGAGGAGGACUACUUUGCCAUGAGCAGAUCUGAUGGAUGACUUUGAUUUGUUCCUUGGGUGUUUUUUGUCCUGCAUAUGAACGGAAUGAGGAAGAGUGGGGAUUGGGGGAAUUCAUACCAACCAUGGCAGCGAUUAGGGGAGUUUUGAAUUAUUGUUUGUGGUUGUAGAGUCUCAGUACUGUUCUAUGUUGAAAUAACCAUUACACAUAACACAAACAAA